UUCUUGUCUAAGGCUAAACGCUUAUCUCUUAGAAGGGCUCUGUGGGCCUUUUUUCCAUCAAGCUUCAAUUACAUAAUCUCAUUCUUACCCGGUACAAAGAAUAUAAGGACAGAUUCAUUAUCUCAGCAGUUUUCCUCCUCUUCCAAAAUGGAGUCUGCUUCUACACCUGUGAUACCUCUGGACUACAUUUUGGCCACUCUUAACACUAUUCUCACUUCAUCUUUGGGUGAAAGAAUUCUGGCUUCUCAGAUCCAUUCUCCUCCUGGAAAACCUCAUGACUGCUGCUUUGUCCCUGAGAAUCUCUGUACUGCUUUGCUC